AUGUCGGGGACACUACCAGCACACGACCGUCGGACUGUUCAAGACAGACGGACGAUAAAUGGUUCGAAAAAUUCUGUUGCGACUGUUGCGUCUGUGGAUGGUAAGAAGGGAGGAGGGAGGUAUACACUUCCCUUUAUGAAAGAGGACCCAUACACUGAUUUAGUUCUUGUGAUUGAGGAGAAGAAACUUUUCUUAAAUCGCUCACUCUUGGGCUGUGCAUCUGUCUAUUUCAAUCAAGUACUGACAGAACAUGAAAAGAAAAAAUCCGAGACAUUGGAGCUAAAGAUUGUUGGUAAUGUUUACCAGGAGUUUGUGGAUCUUCUAUCUGUUCUACACCCAGCAGUCAACAAAGACCUUAACGAAAAGACGGCACUCAGGUUGUUACCUCUUUUGGAGGAGUAUAAGAUGAAUGUAAUGAAAGAAAAAUGCGAAAGGGUCUUGUUGAACUGUUUGAAGAAACUUCCGUUAGAUUCCAUAACUGUCACCACCUCAUCUAGAAAUAAAAAAGACGACCCAGCUGACAUUUUAGUGAGAUAUAUAAGGGUUGCGGAGGCUGGAAGUUCGACAACUGUGUUGGACCAAUGUGUCAAGAUGUUCUCAGAAUCUAACGUGUCUUUAGAGGAGCUGAAGGCAAACUCACAAGUUUCACACCGCAUCAAAGCACAAGUGUUCCAGAAUCGUAUGGAUUCUACAAUGAAACAGCUGGUAAAGGUCGAGGCCGAACUGGAACGGGAAAAACAGGAAAACGAGGCUUUAAGAAAGCGUCGGGGUGGGAAACCCUAUCAUGGCAGUGUGGAUGACGUCAGCAAGAUUCAGCCUACACCAUCUAAGACAGUACCCAUCCAGCGCGGCGCGCGCAGAUAUAAGGUUGUCAACACAGAAAAUCUCUCUAACAGCAGAUCCCUUCUUAAAUGA